UUAAAGUUUUACUUUUUGUUUACAAAGUUCAGGUGAUCAGGAAGUCAGCAGGUAAAAAAGAAAAUCCAUCAGUUCUGUUCCUCCUCUCAGUUUCCCAAGAGAAAGGUGAGGGACGACACACCUGCAGCAACAUGCCACCAUUAAGUGCUGCUCCUGCGUGAAGUGGGUAAAGAUAGGCGAUGAGAUGGAUGAUAGCUUCAGCAUGAAGUCCUUCUUAAAGGACCAUCUUGGCUUCCUUCACUGCCUCUGGGAUAAAAUAUGGCCACCAGAAGAAGCACCAGGGGAACCCAUAGUGGUGACGGUCUCUGGGCAAAAAUUAGAUAUGAUGACUGUCCUGUAUGAUUUUGAUGCCCGCACCAACGACGAGCUGAGCGUAAUGCAGGGUGAAGAGCUUUGCAAGAUAAGUGAAGAGGGGGAGUACGUGAUGGUACGGAGAGUAACGGGCAGCCUGGAGAUAGGAUUGGUUCCUUCAACCUACGUGACCUUCACAAGUUCCCCCGUAAACUCCGUUUCCAACACUGAAUCGGGUUUCGUAGAGGUAAGCCGAACAGAAGCAGAGAGACUGCUCCUCAUGCCCCCCAAUGUGUCUGGUUCCUAUCUGAUCCGGCCCAGUGAUAGCAAUGUCGGACUGUAUUCACUGUCAGUGCGCAAAGAUGAGAAAGUGAUUCAUUUUCUCAUAAAUAAAAACAAUCGGGAGGAAUUUUACCUGCAGCCAGGAAGAGUCUUUGCAACAAUACAGGAACUUGUCAACUUUCACAAAAUCAACUGGAAACUCCUGAAAAUUCCUCUCCUGCAGCCGUAUAUUGAGGUGGCACUGGACGAGAACGAUAGGGUGUAUACCCCAGAGCAGGAUCUCAGAUCGGAUGAUAGCUGGGAAAGACCCCGUUCAGAGUUCAAACUGCUUAAUAGGCUUGGGGAAGGAUUUUUUGGAGAGGUCUGGCAAGGUGUAUGGAACAACAACAAAAAAGUUGCCAUAAAGACCUUCAAACAAGCUCAUAUUGUCCAGGCUGACAUGGAGAAAGAAAUUAAUGCUCUGAAGAACCUAUCUCACCCUAACCUGAUCCAGCUCCUCGCUAUCUGUUCCAUCGGAGAGCCCGUAUAUAUCGUCACGGAGCUCAUGACCAAGGGAAACCUGAAUUCGUAUUUGAAGAGUCCCGAAGGAACGCGGUUAAGCUACGACUCGUUCCUGUACAUUUUUUAUCAGGUCGCCGAAGGUAUGGCUUACCUUGAAUCGGAAAAAGUGGUCCAUCGUGAUUUGGCCACUCGCAAUGUCCUGGUGGGAGACGAUCUCCUCUGUAAAAUUGCAGAUUUUGGACUGGCAAGAAUCCUCAAGGAUGAUAUGUAUUCUCCAGAGAAGAAUCGUGCAGUGCCAAUAAAAUGGACGGCCCCCGAAGCGCUCUCACGCUGCAAAUAUACCACGAAAUCCGACGUGUGGUCUUUUGGGGUUCUCAUGUAUGAAGUGUUCACGUUUGGGCAGAUGCCAUAUAAAGACAUGACAAACCCUGAAGUGUAUAAUCAAGUUGAGCAAGGAUAUCGACUGCCGAAAACCUCCAACUGCAGCACGGAGAUGUACAAACUGAUGUUGGAGUGCUGGGACAAAGAUCCCAACAAGAGGCCCAGCUUUCAAGAUAUUGUGGAAACACUGUCUGUUAUGAAAGACUUCAGUCAGUGAACCGCAGUCAUUUUCAGAUAACUGCCCCCCACUCAGACUAGCUGGACCACUGUCCAUAGUUGUCCCUCCAUAAUGUGAAAUGGUGGAACAAGGAGAAUUAACGAGAUUGCUCAUUUACUACUGUCCUCUAAGAGCGAAUAGCAUCGUGUAAGUAAGGGGUAAAGAUACCUCCCCAAACCGUGUCCUGUCCCAAGGAUAAGAUAUAUUGAACGUUAUGCUCGUGGCACAAGACGAUGGACUGGUCAGAAAAUCCAAAAUCUUGUAACUCAGUUGGAUUUCAAGCUCUGUUUUCCAGACCAUUCAUGUCAGAAGAACACAUCUUGUUGGUCACUGUUUCUUCUCAAUAUUACAAAGUUUUUUACUUUUUUUUACUUUUAUGGGCAAUCACUGUAAUAUGGUAUAUGAAGGAUUAAAGUGAACAAUCGUUAAGUUCCUGUUUUAACUCACUCACUACCUGAGCCCUAGAACACCUGGAAGAUCUUUGCUGAUGGCAGAAAUGUUGAUCUGAUGGCAGGAAAGAUGUCUUGUGUUCUGUUUGUUUUUCCAGUCUACUUCCAGGAGAUAACGAGCUUAACGCAAAGCACUCCAACCGCCAUAACCAGAGAAAUGAUUGGUGGCAUGCGCAAGGCGAAGCCUCCCACUGUUGGACACGUACUGUAGAUGUCCACGUCGGUAUUAUCUGAUGCACAGACUUCAGGGUAGAAAGUCGCAGUUUGUCAUGAACCAGGUUUGACAGAACCUAAAGACUCUGCACAGUAGUAACAAUAAACUGCAGUGGUUAUGGUGCUUAAACGUCUUCUUUACUUUAACAUAGUAUGAUGUGUGUCUGGUUUUUAACUCUGUCAUUUUGAUUUGCUCACUGACACUAGAAAACUGUUCUUGGGAUGCUGUGCGUGCCUCCGAUUACGCACAUCCUAUAUCGGUGAAUUAGACAGAAUUAUGGAUCCUUUCUUUGUUAAACCCCGUGAUGCUUUUAAUUGUUUGGUCUUCAGGAUAGUCUUACACAUCCCAAGCAUUAUUCAAUUAUUUAAUGUUUUAAAGGGGUACCCGCUGCUGGAAUAUGCCCUGUUACAUAGAUAAUGCAAUCACAAAUAUUUCCAAAAAUAGCGAACCAAAAUAAUAAAAUAGAAAGUGUACCAUUGU